GCUCGCGUUAUUUCGUGAAGUCUGGGAAUAAGGAAGUGGAUGUCGACCCGUCUGGUGUUGUUUUGAGGAUGAUGAUGGAGGAGGAAGAAUUAGAGUUUGCCGAGGAUCUUGAGGCUAUUUUGCAUCUUACUCCUGAGGUGCAAUUAGCGAUUGAACAGGUUUUCCCAAGCCAAGACCCACUGGACAGGGCGGACUUCAAUGCUGUGGAGUAUAUUAAUACACUGUUCCCAACCGAACAGUCACUUGCUAAUAUUGACGAUGUAGUGAACAAAAUUCGUCUCAAAAUUCGACGUCUAGAUGACAACAUCAGGACAGUGGUGAGAGGCCAGACCAACGUGGGACAAGAUGGAAGACAGGUUCUGGAGGAGGCCCAGAAUGCCAUCCAGCAACUAUUUGGCAAAAUCAAAGACAUCAAGGACAAGGCAGAGAAGUCUGAACAAAUGGUCAAGGAGAUUACCAGGGACAUCAAACAGCUGGACCACGCCAAGCGCCAUCUCACCACCUCCAUCACCACGCUCAACCACCUGCACAUGCUGGCCGGGGGCGUGGACUCCUUAGAGGCGAUGACCAGGAAGCGGCAGUACGGCGAGGUGGCCAACCUUCUGCAAGGAGUGGUCAACGUGCUCGAACACUUCCACAAGUACAUGGGAAUACCCCAGAUCAGACAGCUGUCUGAGAGAGUGAAGGCAGCACAGAGUGAGCUGGGAACACAAAUCCUGGCUGAUUUUGAAGAGGCUUUCCCCUCCCAAGGGUCCAAGAGAAGUGGGGGUCCCAGUAAUGUGCUGAGGGACGCCUGUCUGGUGGCUAACGUGCUGGACCCCCGCAUUCGACAAGAGAUUAUCAAGAAGUUCAUCCGGCAACACCUCUCAGAGUACCUGGUGCUCUUCCAGGAGAACCAGGACGUGGCAUGGCUGGACAAGAUCGACCGGCGCUACGCAUGGCUCAAGCGGCAGCUGGUGGACUAUGAGGAGAAGUACGGCCACAUGUUCCCCGAGGAGUGGUGCAUGACAGAGCGCAUCGCCGUGGAGUUCUGCCACAUCACCAGGGUGGAGCUGGCCAAAGUGAUGCGGACGCGGGCUAAAGAGAUCGAGGUGAAGCUGCUGCUCUUCGCCAUCCAGAGGACCACCAACUUUGAGGGCCUGCUGGCCAAGCGCUUCACCGGAUGCACCCUGACCGAUGUCCCAGGGAAGAAGGCCGACAGCCCACUGCAGUCCACCAACCCCUUCCUGGAGGACGAGGCUGCGGACGACCCGGGCUCCGAGAAGGAGGAGGACCUGGACCGUCCCAGGAAGCCCAAGGCCCCGGACAACCCCUUCCACGGCAUUGUGUCCAAGUGCUUUGAACCCCACCUCUACGUCUACAUCGAGUCCCAGGACAGGAACCUGGGCGAGCUGAUUGACCGCUUCGUGGCGGACCUCCGAGCCCAGGGGCCCCCCAAGGCGGGGCCCGAGGAGGGGGGGGCGGUGCUGCCCAGCUGCGCCGACCUCUUUGUCUACUACAAGAAGUGCAUGGUGCAAUGCUCCCAGCUGAGCACCGGGGAGCCCAUGAUUGCUCUCUCCACCAUCUUCCAGAAGUAUCUGCGCGAGUACGCAUGGAAGAUCCUGUCCGGCAACCUACCCAAGACCAGCAGCAGCAGCGGAGGACUCACCAUCAGCAGUCUGCUGAAGGAGAAGGAGGGAUCGGAGGCAGCCAAGUUUACUGUGGACGAGCUCUGCCUCAUCUGUAGCAUCCUCAGCACCGCCGAGUACUGCCUGGCCACCACGCAGCAGCUGGAGGAGAAGCUCAAAGAAAAGGUGGACAAAGUCCUGGUGGAGAGGAUUAACCUGACUGGGGAGAUGGAUACCUUCAGCACGGUGAUCUCCAACAGCAUCCAGCUGCUAGUACAGGACCUGGAUGCUGCCUGUGACCCAGCUCUCACCGCCAUGAGCAAGAUGCCCUGGCAGAGCGUGGAGCACGUGGGGGACCAGAGUCCCUACGUCACGUCGGUCAUCAUGCACAUCAAGCAGAACGUGCCCAUCAUCCGGGACAACCUGGCCUCAACGCGCAAAUACUUCACACAGUUCUGCAUCAAGUUCACAAACUCUUUCAUCCCCAAGUUCAUCAACCACCUGUUCAGGUGUAAGCCAAUCAGCAUGGUUGGUGCUGAACAGCUGCUCCUGGACACCCACUCCCUGAAGACGGUCCUGCUGGACCUGCCCUCCAUUGGCUCCCAGGUCCACCGUAAGGCCCCCGCCAGCUACACCAAGAUCGUGGUGAAGGGCAUGACCAGGGCCGAGAUGAUCCUGAAGGUAGUGAUGGCCCCUCAUGAACCAGCGGUGGUGUUUGUUGACAACUACAUCAAGCUACUGGCUGACGGAAACCCUGAGACCUUCCAGAAAAUCCUGGACAUGAAGGGUCUGAAGCGCAGUGAGCAGAGCAACAUGCUGGACCUCUUCAGGCAGAGGCUGCCCACCCCCCCCUCGGGGUCCGACGGCGGGCCCAGCCUGUCCUUCAGUGCUCCCACACCUGAGCAGGAGUCUUCGCGCAUCCGCAGGCUUGAGAAGCUCAUCAAGAAGCGGCUGUGAGGAGUGGAUCUCCCCCCCAUGUCUUUUCAUGCUUUAGUUACACACCCCAGACUCUCAUCUCACUGUGAAGGGUGCUGUUGAAGAUGAAUGAGUGAAUGGUGAAAUUUUGCUCUAGGUUUUUCUUGACGGAUAAUAUUAUUAGUACGCAGACGCGAAGUUGGGUUGAGAAGCAACAUUGUUUGACUGUAACAUGAAGCUACAAACAAGAUUGCUGGCUCCUCAUGCAGACCUGCAAACAGAUCCCCUGGCCUAUAGUUUGUACCAUGUCACCAGAAUGCUACAAGAUCAAGACAAUGAUGUCUCUUUUUUGGAAGUGUGUGUGUGUGUGGGUGUGGGUGUGGGUGUGGGUAUGGCUGUGGGUGGGUGAGAUGGGUUUGCUCAACAUUUGGGACAUGGAUAUGAUGCUGUCUUCACAGAUUUAGAGAGAGUUAGACCACACUGUUCAUCUUCACACUGGAAGAUUGAGAGGCGAUUUGAAAUUAUUCAUUAUAAAAUGUCCUAUUAACUCUCAAUAUUUAAAUAUUUAGCAUUAUAUCACUUCACCACUAAUAUUCCAAGGAUGUAUUGUGAUAUUGUUCAUUCAAAAUGCAACAGUGUGUAAACUGUUUUAGAAGUCAGUAUAUCAAUCAAAUUCAUAUAUGAUCUUCAUGCAAGUGUACACAUUCCUCAUUUGUUGAUCUUUAUGUCUCUUGCUUGAAUGUGCCAGUGCUAGGCAAUUGUUGAAUACUAUUAAAAUCCUAACCAAACAUGUUAUUUUUCUUUUUCACAUUUUUUUAAACUGA